AUGCGCCGCAACGGUACGACACGAGAUUAUCUUGUGCUCGUAUUUGCGGCUGACCAUAGUGCAACGAGCUUACUUGCCAAUUUUCAGCUAAGCAAAAGAGCUACUAGCGUAAAUUUUGCUUCAAUUACAUACGUUUUGUACUGUUCGUUCUCAAUGUUGACCGUGAUGUUCAUCCAGAGCGUCGCCAAUUUGACGCUUGUAGCUUAUAGUAAUCCAGGAAAUGACACCGAGAAAUCCAGCAGAGUCGACGGUGGCCAAAACGGGACGUGGUGCGGUCGCUAA